CAGGACCGGUACUGAUUUUAUAGUAUAAAUAUAUUAAUAAACUUUUAGUUAAAUAAUCGGACUAAAGACUUAAAAAAUAUUGUUAUUUUUACUUUUGAUCAUAAUAUUUUUUUUUAUCUUUUCUCCUUCUUCAAUUCUUAUUAUUAGAGAGCAUACUGAUACGUAAUAAAUACUAAAAUACCACACCUAAAUAGUUACGUUUGCAUUGCAUGUCAUAAAAAUUUAGUGAGGUAAUAAAUUGAAGUGAGGGUAAGUAAAAGCAUUAAAAACAUACUAUAUAAAUAGUAAUCGCCUAAAAUGUGAAAACGAUUACGAACAGAUUGGCGCAAAAAACGGGAAACCGCACCGCCGUUUGCAGUUUACAAAAGCAGAGGGGGAUGACGUGACGUUUCCGAGGCGUUUGAGUAAUAAAGUGGACUCGUCAUGGGCAUAUAAGUCAUUUCACACUUUCUGUUCCUAACAGACAGACGCUUCAAGUAAAAGAGAAACAAAAAAAAAAAGAACCAACCUUUUUCGCCUUUCUUUCUUCUUGGCGAGAGUCUUCGACCUUGGUCGGAAAACAAAAAAAUCUCAUAAUCGCUUCUCCGCAACCGCAUUAUCGGCUCCAAUGGGCGACUCCGAGACCUUAGCGGCGUUGAAGAGAGCCUACGCGGAUACGAUACUCAACACGACGAAGGAGGCGGCGGCGCGUGUGUUGUCUUCUGAGAAGAAGACGCGUAUGUAUCAGCAAGAGAUUGUGACGGUUAAAGACGAAGCUAUCACUACGUUGCUUAGGCUUAAACAGAUGUAUGAUUCAAAGGUGAAGGAGACAGAAGAGAUGUCCUUGAAGCAGCAACAAAAGGUUGAGGAACUUGAAGCUCAGCUUGGAGAAGCUGAAGAUAUUGUAGGGGAGCUGAGGAUGGAACUUCGAGCACUUCAUGAUGAGCUCAACAAAGUUACCAAUGGUAACACAUCAUAUCUUAAAGGUGAUCACCAGGAAGUCUCUUGUCGAAAAGCAAGUGAUGCAGCAGUUUCUAGCAGUCAGGAGCGAUCAGGAGCUGUCCCAGUUGAACAAAGUGGAUCGGUGGUGGCUAACGGGAUCACAAACCAAUCUUUGGCUCGCAUAAAUAGUAUCAAACGGUGUUCUUCUAAAGAUAGCAUGGAUCGUUGUCACCACACUCUUCCGUCUAUAUUGACAAAGCGCAGGGAGGUUGAAGGAUGUACACAGAUGAUUCACGCAGUAGAUAAGAAGAGUAUGGUCAAUGGAGAUGGAAAAGACCCAAUGGUGUCUCAAAACACAUCUCCGAAGGAACAUGAACAGAACAGAAGGACUGUGAUUAGCGCAACAGAGGCAAGGAAGGAAGAAAAAGGGAUUUUGGCAUCUCCUUUGUGUGAAGAAACUCCAGUUUUGGCUGCUAGUAAGAACCGAUGUAUCAAGUACACAUUCAAGAGGAAGAGAAAGAAGGAGGCUUCAAGCAAUCUUGAAGGAGAUUCAUCCUUUGAGGAGAGCAGAAACGUGAAACAGAAGACUGGGGAGAAAGACGAUGGUUAUCUGGAAUCUCUGAAGCCUAGCUUCACCGGUGAAUCAUCUAGGGAUAGUCUCUGCGUAGCACAGAUGGCUCGGCAGCUUGUACCAUUCUCGAAGAAGACUAGUUUUGCAGCAGAACUAGUCAACCAGUAGGAUGCUGCUCGAGUUCCUAUUCAUCAUCAAGUGCAGUUUAUCUGUCCAUGGUUAUGCCAGCUUUAGCGUUACUAGUAAAGUAUUCCUCUAAUAUAUAAAAUGUUACUUUUGAUUUUGAGUCAAAUUAAAGUUUUAUUUGAUAUGGAUUGAUGAGGACUGUGAAUUCUUACGCCUGGAUUGGUCAAAGAGGUAUCAUUGUAUCAUGAUAUCUCAAAACCAUUUUAUGUUUUAUUUAUAUGUGAAUAAUAAUAUCUAACGAAGAAGUC